AUGUCUAUCCACAUAUCCAUCCUGUCUCUGUCUAUCCACAUAUCCAUCCUAGGGCUAUCCGUGCCUCUGUCUAUCCACAUAUCCAUCCUAGGGCUAUCCAUUGCCUCUGUCUCUGUCUCCUGGGGCUCCACAUAUCCAUCCCUAGGGCUAUCCAGGGCUGCCUCUGUCUAUCCACAUAUCCAUCCUAGGGCUAUCCAUGCCUCUGUCUAUCCAUCCUAUCCAUCCAUCCUCCACAUCCUAUCCCAGUGCCAUCCGCGUCUGUCCAUCCACUUAUCCAUCCUAGGGCUAUCCAUUGCCUAUCCAUUCCAUCCUAUCCUUCAUCCUAGGGCUAUCCCGUGCCUCUGCUAUCCACAUAUCCAUCUGUCUAUCCACAUAUCCAUCCUAGGGCUAUCCGUGUCCACUCUGUCUAUCCCACAUUAUCCCAUCCUAGGGCUAUCCAUCCAUCCUAGGGCUCUGUCUAUCCACAUAUCCAUCCUAGGGCUAUCCGGCCAUCCUCGUGCCUCUGUCUGUCCACAUAUCCAUCCUAGGGCUAUCCGUGGCCUCUGUCUAUCCACACAUCCAUCCCAGGGCCCUCCGUGCCUCUGUCUAUCCACAUAUCCAUCCCUAGGGCUAUCCGUGCCUCUGUCUAUCCACAUAUCCAUCCUAGGGCUAUCCCGUGCCUCUGUCUAUCCACAUAUCCAUCCUACUCUGUCUAUCCUGGACUAUCCAUUGCCUCUGUCUAUCCACAUAUCCAUCCCUAGGGCUAUCCGUUGCCUCUUGCCUCUGUCUAUCCACAUAUCCCAUCCUAGGGCUAUCCAUUGCCUCUGUCUAUCCACAUAUCCAUCCCUAGGGUCUAUCCGGCUGCCUCUGUCUAUCCACAUAUCCAUCCUAGGGCUAUCCGUGCCUCUGUCUAUCCACAUAUCCAUCCUAGGGCUAUCCGUGCCUCUGUCUAUCCAUCCAUCCAUCCAUCCUAGGGCUAUCCAUGCCUCUGGCUAUCCGUUGCCUCUGUCUAUCCACAUAUCCAUCCUAGGGCUAUCCGUGCCUCUGUCUAUCCACAUAUCCAUCCUAGGGUCUAUCCACAUAUCCAUCCUAGGGCUAUCCUCUGGCUAUCCAUUUUCUGUCUAUCCACAUAUCCAUCCUAGGGCUAUCCGCACUUAUCUGUCUAUCCACAUCCAUCCUACAAUCCAGACCCCACACAUCCUCUGUCUAUCCACAUAUCCCAUCCCUAGGGCUAUCCGUGCCUCUGUCUAUCCACAUAUCCAUCCUAGGGCUAUCCGUGCUCUGUCUAUCCACAUAUCCAUCCUAGGGCUAUCCAUUUUCUCUGUCUAUCCACAUAUCCAUCCCUAG